AGCAUGCAUGAAAUUAUAAAAUACACUUAACCUGCAUAAAAAUAUUUUGGAUUAUGAAAAUUGGAAGUAUCUUGUACCUCGUAAAGUUCAAUAGAAAUAAUCAAAAACUCAAAAAUGUUUGAAAACAGUUAUACAAGUCACGAUAACACUUUAGCAAAGCUUGCUGAUACAAAAAAGAAAAAUUUGCGUUACUUCAAAGCAAAUGAAAGCAUUGAGAAGGAUGCCUUCAAAGGAAAUGUUAUUAAAGUUGUAAAUACUGAAAAAAAAUUUCGGCAUAGAAAACACUCCUUUAAAAAUUUAAAAAGGAAAAAUUUGCCACAACUACAAAUAGAUUCUAAAAUUCUUGAAAAACAUACUAGGGGUGAAUCUGCAAAAACUGAAGGAGUAAAAACUAGGUUUUUUAAAACUAAAUUAAAGAAAAAAGAAAUUUGUUUAAAUUAUGCGGUAGAGCAAGCUGCACGGACAGAAAUCUUAUUAACUGAAGAAAAUGGUUUUCUUGAAGCAGAGGAAGAAGAGCAAACAUUUCUUUAUAAGCAAGAGGAAAUAUCCAAAAACGUCGAUAUUACAGCUGCAUCGAAAUUUUUCAAAUUAAAUUUAAAUUUUGGACCAUAUCAUCAUCGAUAUACAAAAAACGGCAGGCAUUUGUUGAUUGGAGGACGUCGUGGACAUGUUGCUGCCUUUGAUUGGGUCACAAAAAAAUUACAUUGCGAAAUAAAUGUAAUGGAGGAAAUCGCUGAUAUAUCAUGGUUGCAUGUAGAAACAAUGUUUGCAUGCGCUCAAAAAAAUUGGACAUAUUUUUAUGAUAAAAAAGGAACUGAGCUUCAUUGCGUGAAAACACUGCAUUCUAUAAACAAGCUUGAAUUUUUGCCCUAUCACUUUCUAUUAGCAACCGCCAGUUCUACUGGCUUCCUGUCAUGGUUAGAUAUAACCAUAGGUGAAAUAAUUGGACAAUAUAACUCAAAACUUGGUGAUAUUCGCUUAAUGUGUCAGAAUCCCAUAAACGGUGUCAUAUGCAUUGGCAGUGGGAAAGGCGUUGUAUCAAUGUGGACCCCAAAGAUAAAAGAGCCUGUGGCGAAAAUUUUAUGUCACGGAGCUCCAAUGACAGCGCUAACUGUGGAUCCUAAAGGAAAUUACUUAGUUACGGCAGGAUUAGAUAAAAAAGUGAAAAUAUGGGAUGCGCGAAAUCUUGGCACACCUUUAGAAUUUUAUAGUUUAAGAAUGCCAGCAAAUAAUCUCACUGUUUCCCAGAAAGGAAUGUUAUCUUUUUCGAUGGGAAAUUUUUGUGAAAUUUAUAAAAAUAUCAUAUUAGCUGAUAGUAAUGAACCAUAUUUAAGACAAAAAACAGAUAGUUACAUUCACGAUCUGAGAUUUAGUCCUUUUGAAGACAUUUUAGGAAUAUCACACGCGAAAGGUUUUCUAUCAAUGUUAGUACCUGGAUCAGGAGAAGCCAAUUUUGAUUCUUAUGAAGCAAACCCUUAUCAAACAGCGUCGCAACGCAGAGAGAAUGAAGUGCAUUCUAUUUUAGAAAAAAUUCCUCCUGAACUUAUUACGUUAGAUCCAAAUGAUAUAUCCGGCGUCGAUGUUGCCAAACUAGAAGAGAGAAUUAAUACCAAAAAACAAAUAUUUUUCAUUAAACCUCCUCAAAUAGAUUUUACAUCUAGAAGAAAAAUGAAAGGAAAGGGAGGAUCUGCUAAAGCCGCGCGAAACAAACAAAUUGUUAAAAAUUUAAGACGAAAGGAAUUCAUCGCAGGCUUGUGUGCAAAGAAAAAUGAAAUUCUUUCGGAACAUGGUGUAAAAAUUUCAGAAUCUACACCUGAUAAAGAUAUGAAAAACACAUUUGUUUUAGAUAGGUUCAAGAAUAAAAAAUUAGUUAAAUAAAUAUUAAUUUUUAAUAAUAAUUUUGAUUUUGUUUUUUUUUUUUAAAUAAGUAUAAAUACUAAGAGAAGGAACAUCAUUGAAAACAAUGAAGCCAAAUGCUU